AUGCCCGCCAGGUCAGGAGCCGCCUACCAUCGGGCGGACAACCCGACCAGCAUGAUGUCCUCUCGGCCGUCGGUCCAGACCGAUUCUAGCAGCAGCUCUUCGUCCCAAAGGUACUAUAACGCGUCCGGCUACCCUCAGACCAGCGGAGGCUACAACGGCCGCAUGCCAGCAGCACCACUUCUCACCGACCAAGAGGAUGACGACGACUUUCUAUACUCGGACAAGGGGCUUGACCGUCGCUCAGGCUCAUGCAUCAGCAUGCGCGGUAUGCUCAACGUCUUGACCUUGAUCCUGCUCGCCAUGGGUCUUCUCGCCCUUUUUCUCGGCUACCCGCUUGUUGUGGUGCUAAGCAAGGUAUUCGACACGAUCGAUAUCAGCCCGCAAAGCGCCCAACGACUCACCAACCUGACACAACGCGGUCUCAUCGACCCAGACACACCGCAAGCCGCCAUGCGCCGCCGAUCUCCGGUCGAUGGCACUGACUGGCACCUGGUUUUUUCCGACGAGUUCGAACAAGAAGGUCGAUCCUUCUGGCCCGGUGACGAUCCCUACUGGGAAGCCGUCGAUCUGUGGUACUGGGGAACCGGUGAUUACGAAUGGUACUCUCCCGAAGCCGUCAACACGACCAAUGGCGCGCUUGUCAUCUCGGUCGAAGCAAGGGAAACCAACAACAAAAACUUCCGCUCCGGCAUGGUGCAGAGCUGGAACAAGGUGUGCUUCCAAGGCGCCUACUACGAGAUCUCGGCACGUCUUCCCGGUUCCGCCACCGUUCCUGGCUUCUGGCCCGGUCUCUGGACACAGGGCAAUCUGGGGCGUCCCGGAUACGGUGCAACCAACGAGGGCAUGUGGCCGUAUUCAUACCAAGGUUGCGAUACCGGCGCUUUGCCCAACCAGACGUAUAUCAAUGGUACUGGCCCUCCUGCUGCUCUCAAUGCAAACGGUCUCUUCUCGGCCAGCUACAACAAUGAGCUGUCUUGGCUUCCCGGCAUGCGCUUCACCUCGUGCAACUGCCCUGGUACUGAACACCCCGGUCCGAACCGCAACAUUGCUCGAUCCGCACCCGAACUCGAUAUCCUGGAAGCCAAAAUCGACGUGGGUGGCGGUCACGGUGAGACGUCGCAGUCAUUGCAGAUGGCACCGUUCGACGUGGAUUACUUCUACGGCAACAGCACUGAGCGCGGCGACAUUCGCAUUUGGGACGCCAACACGCGUUUGAACGACUACAAAGGUGGUGCAAUCCAGGAAGCUGUUUCGGCGCUCAGCCAAGUUCCCGCGAUUGCGUACGAACAGACGCCUGGCGGCAGAUACGUCACGUUUGGUGUCGAGUAUGCUCCUGACUGGAACCAAGACGGCGAUGCGUAUGUGACGUGGUACAUGGAUGGGCGACCGACGUGGACCUUGUACGGUCAGGCGAUCGGGCCUGUCCCCGAACUCGACGUCAGCCAGCGUCUCGUCCCUACGGAACCCAUGUUCAUGAUCCUCAACGUGGCCAUCUCCGAGUCGUUCCAAGUGCCUGAUUUUACGCAGCUCGAAUUCCCAGCGCACAUGGCCAUCGACUAUGUGCGCGUAUACCAGCGUGACGGUCAACCCGACCGCGUCGGCUGCGAUCCCGCCAACCGACCCACGUACGAAUACAUUGAAAACAACAAGGACAUUUACUACGACCGCAACAAGACCGAGUACCCCAAAUCAAAGAUCCCUAGAAACCGCUUGCAAGGUUGCUGA